GUCCUGUGUAAAAUUAGAAGUCACAGCCUUCCGUAAGUUCCGUGUGUGUUGCGGAAAAAUCCCUUUUUGGGCGGCCGACCACAUGUGUGAAUAGUGAACAAAAUAUGGUUCUGUUAUGAUUUUAUGAUAAUAGAAGCGUAUUUCAUAGUGAUCGGUACAAGACAUCGAUAGAUAAAGUGCGUACGGAUCGUUCAGUGUGCCAGAAAAGUUGGAACAAGACGACGGAAGUGCAUUUUUUCGAUGUAAAUACGGCCCAACCAGGGUCAGUCCGGUGUGCUACGAGAGGUUCGCGCAUAUUUCUCAGCAACCGGCCGUGUGUGCGCGCCACUGGGACGUGUGAGUUAAUCGUGAAUUAUUCGACCUUCGCACUGUUCGAUCGGCCAGUUUUCAUCGGGAAAGUUCGUUCGUGAUUAGUGGGUUAACCCCAUCAUGCCGUCGUGUUGAGGGGCAUGGAGGCGCGCUCGUGAUCGUCUGUUGGCGCGGAGCGCGCGCCCGGACUUACAUAACGAGGGCAGCGGCGGCAUGGCCGCCCGCGUGUCCGCCGAGGGCGCAGGGCCCUCUUACGCGUCAGUGUUGAACUUUAGGGGCAGUGAUAGUAACAAGGAAAACAUUGAGGCCGCACCAGGUGAAGUGUCUGACGCGCCCCCGACGAAGCAGGAUGAUGAAGAGGAAGAGGGUUUUGUGCCCGUCAUAUCGCACGGACGCCGUCCUGGGAAGGGGCGAAGGCACCCUGAGCGUAGGGCUCCACCCCGUCCUCAUAAGGCGCCCGCUCAGCACGCUGAGCCUCAGCCGACGCCAGAGCAGCAGCAACAAUCUUCAGAAAGUCAACCGAAGAAGUUUGUUGAAGCCCCUAUUCCUAAAGUGAACCCUUGGCAGACUUCUGACCCUGAACAGGUUCGAGGGGGCAGCACAGGAGUGCCACCGCCAGCUGCUCCGGCGAUGAUAGAGCAGGAGAAACGGUCGCCGCUUCAGCCGCAGCAGCAGGGCAGGGUACACCCGGAGCCGCCAGUCGUUCCAGUGCCUCCGCCACCUAAGCCUGCGAUUGUGAAGGCACCAAAACACGCUAAAAUUAAUCAAAAGGCAUCAGACUUCACCGACAUAGGAGACUGGCCGACAUUAGGCGCUGCCGUGUCGGGUGGAGCCAGGUGUCAUUCUACACCACCUCCUCACGAUGCAGACUCUUCACAUCAUAAUGGGACUGCUGAACAAGACCGCAAGCCACCAGAGGAGCCUCAUCAUCAUCAGCCCUCUAAACCCGAGAGGGUGGAGACCACACACAACCAUCAACACAAUGAGAAACACCACGACAAACACUCGGAUCGAGCCAAGAGCUCAGGUUCCGGCAAAGGCAGCAGUAAGUCGGGGAAGCACAAGUGGGUGCCCCUGGAUAUCGACGUGAAGGCAGCACGGCCCGGGAAGCAUGGUCCUCAACAUUCUACGAGACCGGAGAACGACACGGUCUCUCUCAACGGUGAGGAGAGCCGUUCGCGAGGCGGGUCUAGGUCCCGUGGAGGCCGGGGCGGAGCCCGAGGCGGGCGCCGGGGUGCACCCCGCCCUGCCUCGGCGCUCCCAUCACUGCCAGCUCCACACCACCAUACGCUAUACCAUCACGCCCAUGAUUUCCCACACCACCCGGAUUUGGCGCAGCUACGGGUAUCUGCAACCGGAGUCGCACAGGUGGUGGUACCCUUCGGAGGUCUGGCAGCGUUGGGGGCUCCCCUAGCUCCCCCACUGGCACAGGCCUUCUACUACGGAGCAGCGGCGGCUACAGCGACCCCAUAUGGUAUGGGAUUGGACCACGCCACAUUGAAGGAUUUGAUUAAGAAGCAAAUCGAAUACUACUUCAGUCCGGAUAACUUAGCUCGCGACUUUUUCCUACGCCGCAAGAUGGCCGCGGACGGGACUAUCCCCGUUACGCUCAUUGCCUCCUUCCACCGCGUGAGGGCGCUCACGGCGGACGUGCAACUCGUGCUUGACGCUAUACGUGAUUCCGAUAAGUUGCAGCUCAUUGGAGGAUUCAAGGUCAGAACAGCCUUCGAACCGACAAAAUGGCCGAUCCUAGACAUAACCUCCAGCACAAACCCAGAAGAAAAUAAACCAGAACAGCCGAACACAUCCGAAGAUAAACCGAAGACGCCCGAAGCUGACACUGACAAGGAAACCGCAAAAGAAGAAGCUCCAAGUAUAGAAGUUAAUGAAAGAGUCGAAAACGUUGAAGAAAAGAAAUUCGAAAAUAUCGUCAAGGAGCCCACAAUAACAACCGUUGAAAAAUUCGAGACACAACAGCAACCCUCUCAACCAUCGGCCACAGUAGAGGAGAUACACGAUCAAGAUAUACCAGAAGUAUCCGCAGUAUUAGAAGUGGGAGAGAACGCAGAAGAGAAGAAGAAAGAGGCAGAGCUCGAAGGCAAUAAGCCAGUAGACCCCACUGAUGAUCCGCCACUGCAGUCUGAGGGCAAUGAAGAGAAGCCUGGUGAAAAACGCCGUAAGAAGCAGAUGGUGGGUAUCUUCCCUCUGCCGACGAUGGGAGGUCCUCUUGUUGCGCCAGUUUCAUCACUCCUCAGGGCCGUGCCUCCGCCACCGCUACCGAGAAUGUUUCGCACGGGUCGCGGAGGGCUGGCGGGCGGGGCUGCCGCGCACGAUUCGCUCAACCCCGACGUUCCGGAGUUCGUGCCGCUUGCAUUACGACAUGAGGAGUGCAACGACAAAUCCGAUAGUUUGGACGACAGACCAAGCUCGGGGACCAUCAGCCCCAACUCAGAACAAGUUUGGACUGAGGUAAAACGCCGUACAAAGGCUGGUUCCCGCGAGCGUACAGCUGCUGCAGCGGAAGAUGAGCCUCGCGAGGAGUUACACUUCCAGCUCGACGAGGAACUGGAGCUACCGCCGCCCAGGCAUAACACAUUCACUGACGCUUGGUCUGACGAGGAAUCGGACGCAGAAUUCACGGACCGCGACGUCGGCCGCCUGCUUAUAGUGACGCAGACUGCCGCCCGACAGCCCAAGCAUGACGGCCACGACCGCCAGGGGGACUGGAACACUCGCACCAAGAUCACACAGGACCUCGAACAGGUUAUUACUGAUGGGUUGAGACGGUAUGAAGAAGAUUUAUGGAACGAUACAGACUAUCCAUCGUCGUACGGCAGCCAGACGUACCGCACGGUGUCGUUGAUCAGCCGCGAGCAGUUCGAGGCGGCCGUGCCCAACGAGAAGCACUACAACCCCGCCGAGCCGCCCCCGCCGCCGCCGCGCCCGCUGCAAGUAUCGCAGCAAGCUGAGUCGUCUGCAGAAGGCAGGACGGGGCGACGGCCGAGACGCACGGCUCGAUUCUACGCAGCCAGCAAGGAUCCACAUGCUACUGACGUUAUAAGUAGCCGCAAGCACAAGACGCGCCACUCGCUGAACCCGCCCGUGGAGCAUCAUGUCGGCUGGAUCAUGGACAUUCGUGAACAUCGCGCAAGGACGCACAGCACUGGGUCGUCGGUGGGCACGUCCCCGACGCUGGGGUCGUCGUGCGGGUCGGUGCCGGCGUCCCUGCCCACGUUCCACCACCCCAGCCACGGCCUGCUGCGGGAGAACCACUUCACGCAACAGGCCUACCACAAGUACCACUCGCGCUGCCUCAAAGAACGUAAGAAGCUCGGCAUAGGGCAGUCACAGGAGAUGAACACAUUGUUCCGGUUCUGGUCGUUCUUCCUACGAGACCACUUCAACCGCACCAUGUAUAAUGAAUUCAGAACGCUAGCCAACGAGGACGCGUCAGCCGGUUUCCGUUACGGCCUGGAGUGUCUAUUCCGUUUCUACUCGUACGGACUCGAACGGAAGUUCAGACCAGAACUAUAUCAACACUUCCAGCAGGAAACCGUCGCUGAUUAUGAAAAGGGUCAGUUGUACGGCUUAGAAAAAUUCUGGGCGUUCCUGAAGUACUACAAGCAUACAGGAGCGUUGCAGGUAGACCCCAAGCUGCAGGGGUAUCUGGAAAACUUCCAGAGCAUCGAAGAUUUUAGGGUGCUUGAGCCCCAGCUGAACGAGCUGCUGGCGAGCGCGGGCCCGGCGGCCCCGGGGCGCGGCCCCCACGCGCGGCCCUACGACCGCACGCGCUCCGUCUCCGAGAGCGACCGCGCCGCCGCCGCCGCCCGACACCACGGGUACUACUCACUCACAUACAUACAGUCUCAUACGGUCAGAGGACAAAACAACAACCGCGGCCGCGCCGGCUCCUGCGGCGCGCAGAGCGUCGUCGCCACCGCGCGACCACGGGCAACACCAAAAACGAAACAAGACAGCGGAGAGCCGAAGCCGUUAGCAGCCAAACAGUGAUCUUUAACAUGUACAUAUAUUAAGAAAAAGACAUUCAGUGCAAAGUGCUUAAUCACCGGCAAUAAUGAUAUUUAAUGUGUCGAAUGCAUUUUAUUAUACUAUAUAUAAAUAUGUUUAAAAACUUAAAGUUUAGUGCCCAGACACUAGUGAAUUUAAAAUGUUGCUCGUUGGUUAUUUACGGCGACUAGCUUAUAUGCAUCGACAAUAAGCAACGCUACGCUCUGUUUCACGCGAUAUCAUAAUUAUUGACAAAAAUAUAGCUAGAGAGUAAGUAUGUACUACCAUAUAUAUAAACUUAUAUAUUUUUGACAUUGUAUAAAAAUAUAAAAUUAUAACGACAUUCAUUGUCUUAAUAAAAUUUUCAAAAUGACAUUAAAAAAAACAAACGUUCUGUCGUAGUCUUUGGUAGGGUUAAGUAUUUUUUAUCUGUGGCUACUUUGGUGCUGCAACAUCGACAUCCUCGCAUUUUGUUUGAAUUUUGGAUUUAGAACCACCAGUUUGGUUAAGAGCCUUUUGAGACUCGACUAGUGAAUUUUUCUCGAAAAUUUCGAGUGAGUAUGAGUAAGGUUGAGUGUAUCUGAGUAUCAACUCUGGUUUUGUAUGUAUAAGUCGUGUUAAGUAAUGAACUCAAAUGAGUUAUAGUCACUCAGUGUUAUAAGGUGUAUUUAACGUUGAACUCAUUUACACUCAACCCAAAUGAGUGUUGCACUCAACUCAACUCAACCAUACUCAUUUCGAUAUUCAUAUGAUUUGGAUCUCUAGACAAAAAAUUAUGGAAAAAAUACGAAAAAAAAUUGUCAUUUUACUUUUUUUUUCUAUAAGUCAUGAUAAAAUUGUACAGUCUGUGUAAAAAAUAAAUAGAUGGGAGUGGUGAAUUAAAAAAAUAGUUUAAAAAAAACAUGUAUAAUAUGCUGAAGACUGGUAUAAUUCGGUUCAGGUGUCGCGCGAAGUUUUUGAUGAUGAUGAUGAUGAGAAAUUUAAUAAUUAAACGAGCGAGUGUGUUUGUUGAUGAUUAGGGUUGAAAAUACUUAAUUUUUUUACGUUUUUUCUCAUUUCCUAUAUCUGUAUAAUAGAUGCCUUUAUGAUGAGCCGUCUUUUUGAUAUAUGGUGGUCUAAAAUUGGACUUUGGAUAAUUUUUGUGAGUUUUGUUUAUGUUGUACGUUUUUAUAUACGUCUGUCUGUCACACUACUGCGUAAACCUAUUUAUUAAAUGGAAGCUAUGAUAAAUAUUAUAUUUAUUUACUUAAAUUUUGUUUAUGAAUGACCUAUCUCUUCUCAUAGUAUAAAAUCGUCUUUUUUGGUCCGUCAAUACCAAAUUCUAUUCAUAUUUCUCCUAAAAUGUUGAUAAAUGGCCUCAUUUUUGCAAUACAUAUAGAUGACUAAUUUCUCUAUAUAUUUCCAAGUGUACUACAAAAUAAAAUUAAUGAAAACCCAUUAAACCAAUCGCUAGUAUCAGUUUUUACCUUAUACACCCUUUUCCGUCCACUGCUGGACAUAGGCCUCCAAUAUCCGGCCAAUGAGCUCGAUCUUUACCUAUUUGCAUCCAGCAAUUAUAACAUUACCAGCCACAUAGCGCAUAUCGUCACUCCACCUAGCUAAAGGGCGUCCUACACUAUAUUUGAUCCGGUCUCCACUCCAGACCACGUCUGCUCCUAAGGUCAUCAGUUUUUCGACACAUUUUACCCACUGCUACUUCAAAUUUCUAAUCCUUUGGGCUACGUAGAUGGUUUUAAUUCUCCGUCGACUCCCCCAAUGAGAAAAGCCGUAAAUAUGUAUAUAAAAACAUACAACAUAAACGAAUAACAUGAAUAGUGAAAAGUGGGUGUUACUUCUGUGUGCACCUCUGCCUACCCCUUCGGGGAUAAAAGGCGUGAUGUUAUGUUAUUAUAUUAACAUAAACGAAAUAACGAAAAAAAAUCUAUCCAUUUUAAACGUUUUGUCUAAAUGUCAGAACUGUCAAACGUCAAUCCGCCAUCUUGUUUUCAAAAACGACGGCUGUAAAACAUACUGCCACUUGUGUAUUUAAAUAAAAAAAAUAUUAUAAAACUAGAUACUUUAAUUGAGCACACAUUUUUUUAAGUGACGACAAAGCUAUUAUAAUGGUUUUUAGUAGAAUAAAAUGGUUGUCAUUAUUUCCUUGUUUUUUAAUUAUAUAUUUUUUUUUACAUGGGACCAUUACCGGUCUUUUUGUUUCAUGAGACCAAACGGUCUUUUCAUUUCAUGGGAUCAUAUGGUCUUUUAAAGGGGCGUUAAAGGACUUCUGACAGCUGUAAAUGAUAUAUGAAAUUGGACAACCAAAGCCGAAGUAAAGGAUGAACUCCUUUGUGUAAUUUGAUGUAUUUUUGUUACGAGAUUCUCUUGUAAUUAGACUCGCUCCAUAUUACAUGGGACUCUUAAUAUAACAGCUAAAAAGUAGGCUUAACUAAAUGUAAAUGGUUAACUUUACGUAAUUGAAGGCGUUAUUUAUGUAUGUCAAAAUAACUUAUUCUAAAAUGAUUUCAUCGAAAAUUAUAAGCAAUUUUGGGUCUAAAAUAUAAAGUAGUCUAGCUAACGUGAUUGGAAUACU